UACGGUCUCUGUUUUCCUGUGUGGGCAUAAUAGAAGUGUCUCCGAUAGAGAUGUUUUCUUGAUAGUGGUAUUCGAGGUCAUGGAUAUUGAACGAAUCCCAAGCAUUAUGAUGGAAGAUUCACAAAAAGAGAAGGUGGGCCUCUGCCAGGAUGACCACCUGUUACGUCUGAAGGUUCUGACGGAGAAGCUGCAGCUGGACACCAGAAGGCCCUUUUACCUGGAGUGGAGGGCCCAGCUGGAAGGCCCUGCUCCGACGGCCCAGAGCGGGAAAGAGGAAUGCGUGGCUGUCACCCAGGGGAAAGACACCUGUGUUCCAGGAUCUCUGAAGCAAUGGGGACACAGGGACACAGGGCCUGGCUUGGGGUCAGGUGGAGACUGCAGACCAUUCACAAGUCUCAGGAAGUUCAGCAGCAUAGACGAAGCCCUGGUCUGGCUGAGGAGAGAGCUGACAGAAAUGCGAGUACAAGACCAGCAGCUUGCCCGGCAACUGAUGCGCCUGCGCAGCGACAUUAACAAGCUGAAGAUCGAGCAGACCUGUCACCUCCACCGCAAGAUGCUGAACGAUGCCACCUUUGGGCUGGAGGAACGCGAUGAGAUGUCAGACCUGCUCUGCGACUCUCCCAUCACACCUGGAUUUGGGCUGUCUGCCCCGCUGAAGCUCAUUGGGGUCACCAAGAUGAACAUCAACGCCCGGCGCUUCUCCCUGUGCUAACAUAACGGAUGAGAGCCACUUCAGAAGUAGGUGGAUGUGCUGGAUGGCUGGUCUGUAAUGUGGAUAAAUAAGAAUGUGUUUUCACUGUCACAGAUGGUAGCAGCAAUACACAUGAGCACAUACUGUAGCUGUCAGACUCUGUUCAAUCUAUUUCUGAAUUUGUUACUCAUGUUUAAAGCUAUUGUUUUGGCACAGAUGAGCCAACACCUUUGCUUGAGUUGAUAUUUAGAAUUUGUUUGUAGGCUGAAUGCCUGUUUUUGAAUGAUUUUCAUGUUAAUCUCUAACAUUUUCUGGACUUUGUACACUGAGGAACAUUUUCAUUAUUGAAGUGGAGACAGAAGGUUAUGUUUGGACACAAAGGAACACUGAAUUGUCUUAUUGGUCCACAACAUAGAAUCAUUAUCCACCUCAGAGACUUUUUAAAAUCAAAAACACAAUUUGUGUUUUGUUUGACACUCUAAAUGGAACAUUUAGAAAGUCUUAAGUGUUUCCCUGAUCCAUUCUGAAUGUAUGAACAAUAUGACACUUAACUGAUUUCUUCUGAUUCAUUAAACAUUUUUUAAAGAAA